AUGGCGCAGAGCGGUGCGGGCGCACACCCCGGCUUCACAGCUGUGCCUAAGCAGGAGCCCUUGGCCGGAGGAGAGGAUUCUGACGAGGACGGAGAGGGGGAGACCGAGCCAGGAACAAAGCCGACCAAGUACACCGGGGUGUAUGUGGAGGCCGAUACAGGCAAGAAUGGGGUGAAGGUUGUCGCCAAGGACAAGGACGGAAAGAAGGUAACGAAGAGAGUCGGCGCGUACACAACGAUAGAGGAGGCAGCGACUUGCUACGCGGCAGCUGCCCACGUGCUGAGGCCAGGCAAGGGCACUCGGAACUCUGUGGCUUUAACACCGGCGGAUAGGGCAGCUUUGAAGGGGUGCACUCCUGAAGUCCUAAAAGUCAUGGUGGAUGCCCGCAUAUGGGUAGGCAAACAAGCGCUGGAGAGUGACUCGCCCGAUUCGCGUUCCAAGAGCGACGGUGCUCCUCGUCUGGCUCUCCGGAAUCGAGGCGAGGACGUUGACGGGGGCGACCAGGCACGCAUCGAGAGCGAUUUCAACGCUUUCGAAGAGGAGGAUGACGAGGAUGUGGGCGACGCGAUGCGCGCGAUGUUCGAAACCAACACGAACCGCGAGAACGCUGAUGUGGACACCAAUGGGGAGGAGGUGCGCGUUUCCGCGGGAGUAUUCAGGAGCCUGCUUAAGUCGCAGGACGAGAGCGCGCAGAAAGUUGCCCGCUUGGAAAACCUGCUUUUGGAGGCGCUGGCGAAGUCCGAUGGGGGACCUCGUCGCCGCAAAGCGGAGCGGCAGAGGGAUCCCGGGCAGGGAUGCAUGAACCCAAAGCGCCAGCGUCGUGGCGAGGCUGUGGCAGAGGUUGAGGACGAUGACGAUGAGGUGGACGACGACGACGACUACAAGGACGUGGCACAGAUUCGUACGUGUCGUAAGCACAUGCGGUCUGCGAAGUCGCCUGUUCUGCAACGCGCACUUGAUCUGCUGCCCGCCGACAAGGCUUGGAAGAAUGUGCCGUCGUCCCUGACUUGUGUGCAGCGCCUAUGCGAGUUGGUCCGAGUGCAGCUGUUCCUGAAGAAACCGGCCGCAACCAUGACUUUCUAUCCGAGCUCUGACGACAAGACUUAUGGCGUCUGCGCAGUGCUUGACCGCCUGCCGCAUAGCUUCGCGUGCCUUGCGCUGGCAGCGGACAAGUCACGCCGUGCUGACCUUAACAAGACGCUGAGCGAGUGGAAGACAAGGGCUGCAGGACGAGUCCGGGACAUUGCUCUCCCCAAGCUUGGAUUCUUCCGGGACGAGCGCGACGAGGCAAGCCCGUGGGCAAGGGACAACGCACGGACGCUGGAGCAGAUUCGCGAGCGCAUUGGGCUCGGGGCGGAUGAGAGCGAUGAUCUGGUGUUGAGCAACUGGGCUACCGACUGCGACGGGAUGCCGUUUGCUUCUGCGGCGUUUGCGGCGUGCGCAAAGGCUGCCUUCAUUCCGAAGAAGGCUGCACUGCCGCUCACUUUGAAGGUGUACCACCUUGCGUGGCUGGAGCACGUGGUGUCCGACAGCAUCAUGUACUGGGAGCAGAGGAUGGGCCGUCUCUCUAACUCGGCCGGGGGGAACGGCCACGUGGUGAACGGGCUCAAGGUGCUUGUGAAGGGCUCCGUUUCACAGGCCAUCCGUCACUUCAAUCCAGAGUACGACGAGGAGAAGGAGGAGUGGAUAUGGGAACGCUAUGGCCUCCGCCUUUCUGCAUGUGGGCUUGAGAGCAUGAAGCCCAAUGCAGGCGCUAGCGGAGGAGACGCCGCCGGGAACGAUGUGCAGUCGGUGUCUGUCGGGGGUGUGUAG